AUGAGGUUAUCCUUAAGGAGAAUUAUAUUUUUGGUGUUUCUACUCCUAUCGCUACUGAUAAGUAUCCUACUAUUGCAGUCUUCAACAAAACUCAAACAGCGAUGGGACUUGAUUUGGGAUACAGAGACAUUUGACCGUGAUUCGUUCAAGGCACAUAAUCUUCAAACAAGAAAGGAUUUCCACUAUACAAACUAUUUAUACCUGGGCUACGAUAACUUUACCCAGCAUUAUGCAAACGAUUUGGAUCGGAUCCAGAAGGCACCACUCAAUGACAAGUGUAACGUGUAUUUCAACCAAUUCUUACGAGAUAAUCCUGAUUGGAAACUAACUACUUACAACUCGGCUGUAGACAGAUUUGACAAGUCUUCUGAUAGAAAAGAGUUCUUUUUCAAAGAACUGUUAAAGAAACUAGAGGAUCAAUUCAACAAGGCACAUAAAAACACAGAGGAAAAGUUUGUCCCAACUAGAGAGGAUAAUAAAACCAUACUGACAAAUUUCAAUUCCAAAGUUGCAAGAUCCAAAGCCAUCAUGCAUGAGAUGGCUGAUGUGACUACUCUGUUGAGAGUUUAUGGCAAGUGUUUUAUUGGCCAACAGUUGGAUGAAAGUCAAAAAAAGACAUUCAAUGACUUGAGCUCCAGAUUCUUUCCCUUUUUAACUCAGAAGCUACCGCAAUUCAAAAUUCCAAAUGAGGACGCUUCAACUGGGUGGCCAAUUUCCAAGGAAGAUGGAACCAUCGAAUACAAAACAGACUUAGAUGGGGACAAUUAUGUCGAUUUUGUAUACAAGCAUUCAAAAGGUAAAGGUAUUGUGAUAUCCACUGCUACUAGACAUGCAAAAGAUAUUAUGAAGUUGAUCCAGGUCCUACGUGCAAUGAAUAACGAAUUGCCGAUACAAAUUAUGCAUAAAGGAGAUUUAACUAAACGUUCUCUUGCUUGGAUAGAAACUGCUGCAACGGUGGAUGUAAAUGAAUUGUUGGACCCUUCAGGAGACACAAACAGUCAACUGUACAUGCCUGAUUUAAAACUACUCGAAAGUUACAAAGAGUUUGGAUCCCAUUUCCCCAAACAAAACCUCCAGUUUGUCAAUAUUGCUCCUUGUAUUCCUAAACAAUACAAGUUUCAUUUCCCCGGGUAUACAAAUAAGAUAUUGGCGGUAUUUUUUUCAAGUUUUGAUGAUGUCUUGUUACUUGAUGCUGACACGGUCCCGUUAGUGCCUCCAAAGGAGUUUUUUGAAUCGGAAGAGUAUAAAAAGUCAGGAACAUACUAUUUCCAAGAUCGAUCAUUAAGAGAUACCAAUGACUUUAUCGAAACCAAUUUCUUUGCCAGUUUGUCGCCUACUAAUGAAAAAUCAAUUGACACACUAUUUGAUAUACCUCGCAUAACUGAAAAGACAUUCAACAAUAAAUACAUGACAGGGUGGAGACACUACCAAGAAGCAGGAGUGGUUGCUUUCAAUAAGCGCCAACAUUAUCUUGGCUUACUCAUGAUGUUACCCUUGCUGAUGUGGACUGAGCCGAUCCAAUCAUCGAUAUGGGGUGAUAAGGAGUUGUAUUGGUUGGCAUUGUCGAUAGCUGGAGAUGAAAACUACGAAUUCAAUCCUGUUGCAGCAGCUUCAAUUGGAGAAAAGACGCUGCGUCAGGAUCGUAAAUACUAUCCCAAUUCUCCUAGUAAUGAAGUUUGUUCAACGCAUCCUGGGCAUGUAAACAAGGAUGGAAAAUUGCUUUGGAUCAAUUCGGGUUUUGGAUAUUGCAAGAAGAAUGGAUAUUUUAGAGACCGAGUCAAGUUUCCAUUUUCAACUUUUGAAAAAGAUGAAUUGAGCCUAUUGUAUCAUUCGCCAUUGCAAAUACGUGCAGCAAUGGUACCGCCUAAUCUUCCACGGUAUAGGGAACCAGGAAACCCAAUAGAUGGAGAACCAGAAGAGAAAUUUAAGAAAUCGUGGAAGUUUAGAAAUAAGGAUAUCGAUGAAAUUAACGAAAAUCUACCACCGGGUGCUCAGCGGUCGGAGUUUAUAACUGAAUGGGGACCACAAAAGGGGUGGGUCAAGAACUCGAUAUGUUUCGGAUACUAUUAUUGUGCAUAUGAUAAGGUGCAAAGUUAUUCACUGGAUAAAGAAUUUGACGAGGGUACGCUUUAUGAAUUUGAUGAAGAGAGUGUUAAAAGGUACAAUUAUUUGAGUAAAGUUUGGAAUGCUGCAGGGGUGAAGAAACCGGUAAUUUCCAAGCCAAAGUGA